CAUGAUUUACCCAUUUCACCCCCAAAUAUAGAAACGAGUCAUGAACAAUCAGCAAAACACAAACAACACUGUGCUUUGUCAAAACCAUUGUAAAGAGACAAGGACAUAAACGUCAUUUUCACAAAACUAAAUCCCAUUUCUGCAAUUCCUUUGAAGCUUCCUCACUUCCACUCGCACCACUAACUCACUCACUCGCACCCAAAAAAAAAACACUGCAAAACAAAACAAAAAAAGAAGAAGAAGAAGAAGCUUUUAACACUCUUCACUGCUUUGAAAGCUACUUGCUUUCUCAAAAAAUGGGAACUCGAAUCCCUUCACACCAGCUCAGCAGUGGACUCUACGUUUCGGGUCGACCCGAACAGUUCAAGGAACGACAACCGACAAUGACGUCACGUUCGGUUCCAUACACCGGCGGCGACCCUAAGAAAUCCGGAGAGCUUGGUAAAAUGCUUGAUAUACCUGGAAUGGAUCCAAAAUCUUCGCGUCCAUCUUCUUCUUCUCAGCAGAACAGUGGGCCGGCGAGAUCCGGGCCCAAUUCGGGUACAAUCGGAAGGAACAGCGGUUCGGGUCCGUUAUCAAGGAAAACAACAGGUUCUGGGCCGAUAGCGUUGCAGCCCACUGGGCUUAUAACUUCGGGUCCAGUUGGAUCCGGGUCGAUGAGUGGGAGUCGGAGGUCGGGUCAGUUGGAGGAAAGCGGGUCGGUGGGGAAAGCGGUUUAUGGUUCGUCGGUGACUAGUUUGGGUGAAGAGGUGAAAGUUGGGUUUAGGGUUUCGAGAGCGGUGAUUUGGGUUUUUAUGGUUGUGGUUGCAAUGUGUUUGCUUGUUGGGGUGUUUUUGAUGGUUGCGGUUAAGAAAGCUAUCAUUUUGUUUGCACUUUGUGCGAUUAUUGUGAUUGUUGUGGGUUUGAUUAUUUGGAAUUGUGUUUGGGGAAGGAAAGGGCUUUUAGGGUUUGUUAAUAGGUACCCUGAUGCUGAACUUAGAGGUGCCAUUGAUGGACAGUAUGUUAAGGUUACUGGGGUUGUAACUUGUGGCAGUAUUCCUUUGGAGUCAUCCUACCAAAGAGUAACUAGAUGUGUAUAUGUCUCCACCGAAUUAUAUGAAUAUAAAGGAUGGGGUGGAAAAUCAGCCAAUCCUAAACAUCGUUGCCUCUCUUGGGGUUCUAGAUACGCCGAGAAAUACGUAGCAGAUUUCUACAUAUCAGACUUCCAGUCCGGGUUAAGAGCCUUAGUGAAAGCUGGUUACGGUUCCAAAGUUGCUCCUUUCGUUGAACCCACAACUGUAGUUGAUGUAACAAAGGGUAACAGGGAAUUAUCUCCGAACUUCCUAGGUUGGCUUGCAGACCGCAAACUCUCUAGUGAUGACCGGAUAAUGCGCCUCAAGGAAGGGUACAUCAAAGAAGGCACCACAGUAAGUGUGAUGGGAGUAGUUCGUCGCCACGAUAAUGUGCUCAUGAUUGUUCCUCCAGCUGAUCCUGUCCCAACAGGUUGUCAGUGGAUCCGCUGCCUUUUGCCGACCUACGUCGAAGGUCUUAUCAUUACAUGCGAGGAUAACCAAAACACCGAUGUCAUUGCCGUUUAGUGUAAUCUUCCUUUGCUCUCUGUUCCUCAAUAUAGAUAUCGCAAUACCGGAACGGCAGAAACUGAUGUGGAAAUCCUACAAAAUGGAAUAAAUAUCAUUUCCUUUCCACAUUUGCACGGUUUUGGGCGAAGAUGCAACUUAUCAGAUUAUUACCAAUAUUGUACUAAUAAUCAAAAUACCACUUGAUUGAUAUGAUGUGAGGAUCCAUCAAAGGCCAAGUAAAAGCAGUUUGAGAAUGUGAUGACAAUGUAUCCACGAAGUUGAGCAUUGUUCUUUUUUCUAAUUAAUUUAUGUACAUAGGUAGAGGUGCCCAAUUCAAAGUAGUUGCUUUUCUUAUGUUUCAGCUGAUUUAUAGGAGGGAUGUAGUGUUGUUCCCAAAUGUUAUUUGUCAAGCCUUGGUUAAGAUGUAAUCUUAAGUUAAUAUUAUUGUGUUAUGCAAGUGUUAGUAGUUGUAAAAAUUGAAAACCAUCAAUGUUACCACGAUAUUGUUGUAUAAAUGUUGGUUUAAUCAAGUUA